UAACGUUGUUGGUCAACCUCCAUUAAGAACCAGAAGAAGAGAAAUGCUACUUUUGAGAAGUAGUUGUUUUUUUCUGAUUUAAUAUUUUAAUGUGUUAUUUGAGUUAAUGUUACUUCGUGGAGUAACCAGUUGUAGCGCUGUGGCUAACUGCUAACGAAUUUGCGCUGUUUGUUUAUCAUUUCUCUGCCGAACUACAAACGCCAAGCUAGGUUGCUCUGCGUCAGGUUAGUUCAACUUUGACUCACUUGGAGAUUCUCCAAGGUUGCUUGAUAGAGCAGCACAAGAACUUCGACCUGUACCGAGUUAAGUUAGUGUGAAUCUAAACGUAAGGGUUAGCAUUUGCAAAGAUAAAGACCCGAAGAUGACCUCAAAGAAAGUGGUGGAGCUGUUCUAUGAUGUGGUCUCACCUUACUCCUGGCUCGGGUUUGAGAUCAUCUGCCGCUAUAGAAACGUGUGGAACAUCAACCUGAAGUUUCGUCCUGCGUUCCUCGGAGGCAUCAUGCAAGGAGCAGGAAACAAGCCUCCUGGUUUAGUUCCCAACAAAUUUGCCUACAUGACUAAGGAUCUCCACCGCCUGGCCAACUACUUUAGCGUCCCUUUACACCCACCUGCUGACCCAUUUGAGGUCAUGUUCCAAAAAGGAACUUUGUCUGCGAUGCGGUUCGUGACAGCAGUGCAGCACAUGGAGACGGAUGGAGACAAGCAGGUGGAGCAGGUUUCCAGGGAGCUGUGGAGGAGGAUCUGGAGUGAAGACAAGGAUGUCACUAAACCUGAAUCCUUCUCUGAGGCAGCCAAAAAAGCAGGACUGAGUGACGAUGAGAUUGAAAAAGCGCUAGAGUUGUCCACCUCGCAGGAGAUCAAAGAUAAGCUUAAACGUUCAACAGAGGAGGCCCUCAACUACGGGGCAUUUGGUUUCCCGAUGCUGAUUUGUCAUGUUGAUGGAAAACCCGAGAUGUUUUUUGGAUCUGACAGAUUUGAGCUCAUGGCCAACUGCAUUGGAGAGAAGUGGUUGGGGCCUAACCCAGACAGGUCUGCCUCCAGGCUGUGAGAUCAGACCUCCUUUAACUCACUAUUCCAGCCAACACAGAUUUUCUAAGCUGUGCCUUCUGAAAUUUAUGUAAAGUCUACAUAAUUUUUGUUUGAGACAAAAGAUAAAAAAUAAAUUUUUUCUGAAAAUA